AAAUAUUAGUUAUUGACUUCAGUCUGUAAAGCGCAAUUAGGCAAAUUGACUGAAUUUGGAUUCUCGAGAAUGAACGGCCAUGGCUUCGGAGGAGGAGGAAGAACUCCACUCCUUCACAGAGAAGGGAGAAAGAGGGAUGAUAGGUUGGAAAAUGACCUAGAGGGUGGGGAGGCUGUACAGCCUGCUAAUGUCAGUUUUGGAAGAGUAUUGUCACUUGCAAAGCCUGAUGCAGGGAAACUUGUUAUUGCCACGGUUGCUCUAUUGAUAGCCUCCACAUCGAGUAUAUUGAUCCCAAAGUUUGGUGGGAAAAUAAUUGAUAUUGUCUCUGGAGAUAUUCAAACGCCCGAACAGCAAGUUGAAGCAUGGAAUGAUGUCAAAAGCACCAUACUAGAUAUCUUUCUGAUUGUCAUACUGGGAUCACUUUGCACAGCACUUCGAGCAUGGAUGUUCUCUUCUGCUAGUGAAAGAGUUGUUGCUCGGUUGAGAAAGAACUUAUUCAGCCAUUUGGUUCACCAAGAAAUAGCCUUCUUUGAUAUCACCCGAACAGGAGAGCUUCUAAGUAGGCUAUCUGAAGACACUCAGAUCAUUAAAAAUGCUGCAACGACCAAUCUUUCAGAGGCCCUCAGGAAUCUUGCAACUGUAGCUAUCGGUCUAGUGUUUAUGUUUGCAACGUCUUGGAAGUUAACACUACUGUCUCUGGCUGUUGUCCCAGCCAUUUCGGUGUCUGUCCGCCAAUUUGGUCGAUUUCUUCGUGAACUUUCUCAUAAGACUCAAGCUGCAGCUGCUGUUGCGUCCUCAAUUGCUGAGGAAUCAUUUGGGGCCAUACGUACUGUCAGAUCCUUUGCACAGGAAAACUUUGAGAUCUCACGCUACUCAGAGAAAGUUGAGGAGGCAUUGAAGCUUGGACUUAAACAGGCGAGAGUUGUUGGUCUAUUCUCUGGUGGGGUAAAUGCAGCAUCAACACUGUCGGUUAUUGUAGUGGUUAUCUAUGGUGCUAACUUGACCAUAUCUGGUUUCAUGAGUCCAGGCGCUCUUACAUCAUUCAUUCUGUAUAGCCUGACAGUUGGCUCUUCUGUGUCUGGACUUUCGGGAUUGUAUACUGUAACGAUGAAAGCUGCUGGAGCUAGCAGGCGGGUGUUUCAACUUCUGGAUCGUUCAUCAACCAUGCCAAAAUCAGGGGAGAAAUGUCCAUUGGGUGAUGGAGAUGCAGAAGUGGAGUUGGAUGAUGUUUGGUUUGCAUAUCCUUCCCGCCCUAACCAUAUGGUACUCAAGGGAGUAACAUUGAAAUUGCAACCCGGUUCGAAAGUCGCUUUGGUCGGUCCAAGUGGAGGUGGUAAGACUACAGUAGCAAACUUGAUUGAAAGGUUUUAUGAUCCAAUAAGGGGAAAUAUUUUGAUUAAUGGUGUACCCUUAAUGGAGAUAUCUCAUGAACACCUUCACAAAAAGAUCAGUAUAGUAAGCCAAGAACCCAUACUUUUUAAUUGUUCUAUUGAGGAGAACAUCUCUUAUGGACUUGAUGGUAAAGCAAGCAUCCUUGAUAUAGAAAAUGCAGCUAAAAUGGCUAACGCCCACGAGUUCAUCUCAAAAUUCCCAGACAAGUACCAAACCCACGUAGGAGAACGUGGGGUAAGGCUUUCGGGAGGACAGAAACAGAGAGUGGCAAUUGCGAGAGCUCUUCUAAUGAACCCUAAGAUUCUCCUCUUGGAUGAAGCUACAAGUGCUUUGGAUGCAGAAAGUGAAUAUCUAGUUCAGGAUGCUAUGGAUUCUUUGAUGAAGGGUCGGACAGUACUGGUUAUAGCACACAGGUUAUCUACUGUUAAAAGUGCAGAUACUGUAGCCGUGGUUUCUGAUGGUCAAAUCGUUGAAAGUGGUAGCCACGACGAGCUUCUUGACAAGAAUGGCAUUUACACUGCUUUGGUGAGACGCCAACUGGAGGGAGCAAAGACGGAAACCCUCUAGUCUAGUUUCAACUAUCGAGUUGAUCGUUGUUUAGAAAGCGCAUAUUAUGUGAUUGCUUUCUUGUUAGUGUGCAUAUGCGAAAGCCAAACCCAAACCCAAAUCCAAACGGAUUCUUAAAAAUCCAAAUGGGAUCAAUUAUAAGAGGCUGAUAAUAGAAGAAUUUGUCCAAUGAACUUCAUGAAUAAAUAAUCUCGAAUGAAUUCUGAAACAUCUUUCUUCAAUUUUAACCAUAAUGAAAAAGGACUAAAUACAGUUAUUAGUUUAUGUAUAAUAGUUUAAGAAAAUAAGAGAAUGAAGUGUCUUGAUAGCCAUGACAUCUCAAUCAUGAACAUCUUGAUUGCAAUAUUACAACUAGUAUGUUUAUUUGGUUUGCCAUUUUUA